CACAGCCGCAGGUCGUUCGUGCGCGUUGUUGCUGCAAUCAAUUAAUUGAAAACAAGAACGGAAUAAAUAUCUUUGGUAAAUGAUCAAAGCGUGCGCCGUUGCAUAGUCAAGUUAAAUCGCAUUUAGUGCUUCAAUUGCAAUAACAUCUCCAAAUCCUCAAAAGUUCUAACUCAAGAAAAAGAGAGAUAAAGAUAGCGUGUGUGAGCAUAAAAUCUCGGCAAUAACAAAAAACAUACAUAUGCUUGUGGUGACGAUUAAAAUGACAAGGAGCCUUUGUUUACUUUGCUUGAUAAGUGAAUAAAUCCCGUUUUUAGAACAAAACUGAGGAGCAACAAACAAAAUAGCAACAAAUACCCCUCCUACCCUCCUUCCCUUCGUAAAUCACGCAUUACGUGCACUACAACCACAACUACACUGUUGUUGUCAAUGAGUGCACGGGUGUGGGUAAGCGCGUUGUGUGUGUAUGAGCUUGCCGCCACCGCAAUUGAGGAAAAAUACACCAUCACAACAGCGGCAAAUAAAAAUAAGCUCUGAAUGUGUGGGUGCGCGUGUCGGUGAGGAGCAGUGACGUCGACGUCGGCAGCAUCGAAUAGAAUCGAACGUGUUAAAGUGACGAAUAAACAACAAGCGGGAUUUGGAUUCAGAAUCAGAAUCGGGAAUCAUCAUCAUCAUAGCAAGAGAUAGACAAACAAACAAACAGACAGAACAGAACAGACAGCCAAACAUUUGUUCAUUUCCUUCGCACAUAUAUAUAUAUAUAUAUAUAUAUGCACAUGUGUAUAUACGACGUACGUAAUAGUUUGCCGCCGCAGACAUUAAGGCUCUGUUCUGUCUCUGUCUCUUUCCCUCAUGUUUACACGAACGCCCACAUCACCUCGCCCAUCUGCGUUUACCGUUCGCCGUCACUUUGAAUAGGCAUCAUGCAUGGGAUUUCGGAGUGCAAAACUGACGGAAGAAGCUUUCCAACACUGGCGGCCGUCAUUCGCAGGAAAUAACGGCGCUUUUUUAAUGCCACUUGGAAAUUAACGAAUUUAACAAAAGCCGCAAAAUGCACGUUUUGGCCAUAAAAGGCCGACAACAGAGGGAGGAGAAUGAUGAUAGCAGCAUGGUCAUUAGUAAUCAUCGAAUAUGCAACAUGAAAACAAGUAGGGGCAGCAAUCUAACAAGCGAUGUCGAUGGCAAGUUUUUAAUGUCAUGGCGACGGCGUCGGCGACGCAACAACAAUGCAUCAGCAAGUCGCAAUAAUGAUAAUUACAAAUAUUCUACAACCAAUGAUUUCAAUAAAAUCAAUAAAUUGCUGCUAAUUACGUACAUGCUGCUGAUAACAGCAGCCACAAUUUGUCAAAGCGCCGCCGCCCAAUCGGCGUCAUCAACUAGUGGUGGCGGUGGAGUAGGAACCGGAUCGAAUGCGGGUUCCCCCCUAAGUGCGUUUCUCAAAUCCGGUGGCGCCUCCUACAAUCCACAGUUACCGCAACAGCAACUCUUUGCCAUGCUGACCAGAAAUGGAGGAUCGUCGGGAUCAGGAUCGAGCGGUGGCAGUCGUGGGUAUACAAACGCUAGACAACACUUUAUGGCCCUCAGCGAAGAUGACUCAGAUGCCGAGGUGGACGAGGAGGAUAUGGCUGCAUUGCAUUACCCUUUGGCCGCCUCACAUCCACCGGCUGCAGCUCUGGGUUCCUCCUCCUCCGGUUCGACUCAAUCGGGAUCACUGGAAACGAAUGGAUUUGUGGCCGAUGAUGGCGGGCAGUAUGAACAGGCCCAAAAAGCACUGGAAGCAGCGGCAGCGGCGGCUAAGGCUAACAAUAAGUACAACAUUGAUUGCCCCAAGGAUUGCAAGUGCCUCAAUGCACUCCUCUUCGACUGCGACAAACUGCAUCUGGAGAGGGUACCCGUCUUGCCCAGCUAUGUGCAAACUCUGCAUCUGGCUAACAACAAACUGAACGACACAACCGUCCUGGAAAUUCGUAAUCUGUCCAAUUUGACUAAAUUAACUUUAAAGCGGAAUUUAUUGGAGGUAAUACCCAAGUUCGUGGGUCUUACUGGCUUAAAGCAUCUGGUACUGGCCAAUAACCGUAUUACCAGCAUCUCCAGCGAGGCUUUGGCAGCUUUGCCGUUGCUUAGAACAUUAGAUCUGUCCAGGAAUCAGUUGCACGCCAUUGAGGUUAACUCUUUUCCGAAGCCCAAUAGUCUAGUUCACUUAAUACUCAGUUUUAAUGAGAUAACCAAUGUAAAUGAGCAUUCAUUUGCGGCUUUGAAUAAUCUCACAGACCUGGAACUUAACAACAAUCGCCUGAGCACUCUGCCCAUCAGGGUGUUUAAGAACUUAAACCGACUGAAGAAGCUAGCUCUUAACUUCAACCAACUGGAGAUUAACUGGUCCACGUUCCGUGGACUGGAAUCGAUGAAAAAUCUUCAACUGAAGUCUAAUAAAAUCCGGGCACUGCAGGACGGCGUCUUCUAUGUGAUGCAUAACAUUGAAACUAUUGAUCUGGCCAUGAACCAGAUCAGUUCCCUCUCCCGCCAGGGUCUCUUCAAUUUGACAAAACUUCGUCACCUCAACCUGUCCUAUAACGCUAUAUCACGCAUCGAGAUGGACACUUGGGAGUUCACUCAGUCCCUGGAAGUACUGGAUCUCUCAAACAACGCCAUUAACGAAUUCAAGCCGCAGCACUUGGACUGCCUGCAUCGCCUGAAAACGCUAAAUCUUGCCCACAACAAACUGCAAUAUUUGCAGGAGAAUACCUUCGACUGUGUGAAAAGUCUGGAGGAGUUGAAUUUGCGACGCAAUCGUUUAUCCUGGAUCAUCGAGGAUCAGAGUGCAGCGGCUCCGUUUAAAGCUCUUCGUAAACUGCGACGCUUGGAUUUGCACGGUAAUAAUCUAAAGCAAAUCAGCAGAAAGGCGAUGAGUGGCCUCAACAACCUGGAGAUACUCAAUCUCGGUUCCAAUGCUCUAGCCAGCAUUCAAGUAAAUGCCUUUGAGCACAUGCUUCAGCUAAACAAAUUGGUUUUUAAAUCAUUAAACUUCAUCUGUGACUGCGACUUGAUUUGGUUUCAACUGUGGCUGAAGAACCGCUUCCCUCAGCAGGCCGAUAACGCGGUCUGUGGCUACCCAGAGCAUUUCCUUGAUCGUCACCUUAAUUCCCUGAGCAGUUCGGAGUUGGUUUGCGUGGACUCCCCAAAACCGAGUGUUGAACAAGAGCCUGACAACAUGCUUGCUGUGAAUGGAGCCAACAUCACCCUGGAGUGCAUCGCCAGUUCUCCAACAGCCGCUUCGCUGGCCGCAGCUGAUGAGUUAAAGAUCAAAUGGCGCCACGACAAUCAACAUGUCCAGGAGCGACCAGGAGAGCUGCAUGAUGGCGCCAGUACAGAAACCCAGAUUCGUCACGAUUUAAGCACCAAUCAAACCUCUAUCUAUGGCUAUCUAAGACUUGCGAACGUAACUUACGAAAGCGCUGGACGCUAUCAGUGCGUGGUUUCAAAUGCCUUUGGAACCGCCUACGCAGAGAAGUUUAAGAUAUCUAUAGGAAUUCAUCCUACCUUCCUGCAAGUGCCAUCGAAUCUCACUCUGGACGCCGGCGAAACAGCGCGGUUAGUGUGCUCGGCCAGCGGUGAUCCUACCCCUGAGAUAGCUCUGCAGAAGUUCGGCGGUAGUGAAUUUCCGGCAGCCACGGAGCGAAGGUUACAGGUGAUUCGAGAGGAAAAUGCCUUUUUGAUAACCAACGCUAAACCCAGCGAUUCAGGAAUCUACACGUGCACAGCCUUGAGUGCUGCCGGCGAGAUAAAGGUCAAUGCAACGCUGGUGGUCAACGAUAAACCACAGACGAGCAUUCCAGUGGUGCACCAGGAGGUUGUCGUGGGUCGCACUUGUGUGUUGCAGUGCCUAAGUGAAACGGCCAAUGCUGAUUUUGAGCUGGAGCAUCCGCACCGCGAAUGGUUUAAGGAGAAUAAACCGAUACACAUUUCACCAACGGCACCAGAUGGAGAUCGUUACUUCUUUUCAAAUAAUAAGGAGCUGCUCAUUAUCCUCAAUGCCCAGUCCAACGAUGCCGGGCACUUCCGCUGUGAGAUAACGGACAACUCUCGGACUUUCACGCUUCAGUCGGAGCUGAUAGUGGUUAAGGAGAAUCUCAACUGGGACGUCUUGCUGAUGGGCAUAAUUCUGCUUACCGUCAUCUGUGUCGUGUUGGACUGCUGUAUAAUUUGGUGCACUUUGCGCUAUCAAAAAAGAAAACUGCGCAUGAGUCUGGCUGCCGAAAGGUUGGCGGCUCGUACACAGGCCAGUCUGCAUUCCACUCUGGACAAGGAUCAAACGCAAUUGACCACGUUGAAUCGCACGCAGCUAAGACCGCACCAGUCGCAGUUAGUUCUUGAUGGAAUUCCCACUCACCAGCAGACGCAGUUACGCCCGCGUAGCCUGGCAGAUAUUGGAUGUGGCAAUGGUGAAGCGACCCACAGUCGCCUUAUCGUAACUACUACGCCGUCUUACGAACAGCGCUGCCUGGAGCAGGGUCUGACUCUAAGCUAUUUGCAGCAGACGGAUUUGGAAGCCCAGCAGGAUCAUCUAUCCAGUAAGGACUCGGGCACCGGCUCAGAUGCUGCGGUCAAGAGAAGUCUGGAAGACUUUGUGGUGGCUAUGCCCAGACAUAAGCAUCACACAGACGACGAGGAGGAGGACGAUGAAGAUAACGAAUUGCAGUACGCGCCAACACGGGCUCUUGGCAUCUCCGAGUACGACGACAUUGAGCUGUACGAACUGAAUCAUGCUGCAGCCGAGCAGCAGCAUUUCUUGCAGAACAACAAUCACAACUACGUCGGUGGUGGGGGUGGUGAAAGUGGUGUGGUGGGCGAAGCGGUACCUAAGGUGCUGCCCCGCAAGUGCAGCGCAGGAGCCAGCGGCAGCAACUACAACUCCAUCCAAAAGUGCACAACAGUGGACAUUUAAACGGAUGCUAAACCAAAUCAGCACGAUGAUCAGGAUCAUAUACCAAAAACUGGAGGCUCCACCGUAGCCCCACCCGCAACCCGCCCCCAAAACGAACAAAGACUGUUUAAAUCGUAAUUAUAAUUUGUAGACGGUGGACCAGACUUUUUGACUGGCCACGAUCGCAGAGCAGGCGGCCUUAUUGAUGCCUUUGCUAAGGAAAUAGGACAGCUAGAGAAACAUACCAGUGUCUUCGUAAUUUAUGAAAUUAAUCUUUAGAAUCGAUUUUCUAUAGCUUGUAAAACCUAAUAUUUAAUAAUCCUUAUCGUAUAUGUAUAUUUAUAAUUUUCUUUCGCUUGUGAUAUUAUUUAUUAUUUUGAUUGCCCGAGUUUUAGACGUAACAUAUUCACCUCUGUAUAUAUCACUUAGGAUUUAACUGUAGUUGGUACUAGUUUCGUAAGUCGGAGCACACUCGUAGAUCAAAUUAUUGCCAGAAAAUCGGCUAUGACAGCUCCAAAUGAGUGGGAGUAUACCUUUAAUGAAUAUUUUGCAGUUAUAUUUUUGAAUUAACUAACGUUUUGGUUGAAUUGGAAAUUAAUUUACUUUAUGAUUGGCCUCGAGAAAAUAUGAACGGAAACAAUAUGAAACAAAAUAUUUAAUAAAAUGAUGCAUUAUUCCAAUA